AUGACUUUCUCCUUUAACGACAUCCCGGACCUCACCGGCCAAGUCGCCAUCAUCACCGGCGCCAACUCGGGCAUCGGCCUCGUCACCGCGCGCCAGCUCGCGCUCCACAACUGCCACGUCAUUCUCGCCUGCCGCUCGGCCGAGCGCGCGGUUCCCGUCGUCAACGCUUUGGCUGCCGAGAUCAGUGCGACCGCUGGCAAGGUCGAGUUUAUGGCCCUUGACAUGAUGAGUUUGGCAUCCAUUCGCGCAUUUGUCGCUGCCUUCAUUGCCAAGAACCUGCCCCUGCACAUGCUUAUCAACAACGCUGGCAUUUACGCGGUGCCGUUCCGUCUCUCGGUCGACGGCAUCGAGGCGCAGUUCGCGACCAACCACGUCGGCGUCAUGGCGCUCACGCUUGGGCUGCUUCCGCUUUUGGAAGCCGCGCGUGUCGCCAAGAUCGUCUGCGUGAGCUCGGCUGUCCAUCAAAUGGCGCCAAAGAUGGGCAUCAACUUCGACCACAUCAACGACGAAAACGUGUACAACAAAAACACGGCGUACGGCCAAUCCAAGCUGGCGACGAUCCUCUUUGCCCGCGAGCUCCACAAGCGGCUGCGAGCGCGGGGUGUCAACCACGUCUAUGUCAACGCACUGCACCCGGGCGUUGUGCGCACCGACAUCUUCCGCGAACUACCGUGGAUCGUGCAGCAACUCCUCUGGCUCUUCCAGCGCUCGGUGGACGACGGGGCCAAAACGCAACUCUACUGCGCGGCAAGCCCCGAGAUUGAGAAGAACGGCGUCUCGGGCGAGUACUUUACGGCGAUCGCGAAACUCAAAAAGACGACAACGCUCGGUCAGGACAUGGCGCUCGCCGCCAAGCUCUGGACCUUCACCGAAGAGCUCAUUGCGGCCAAGACACCUAUCCACUGAGCUUAGACGUGUACAUCAAAGCCGCGCCAGGGGUCGCACGCCCCAGCAUCUGCAUAUUCUUCAUGCCACACCUUCAUAUAAAGCGACCAACAUGAUUUUUGAUU